AUGAGCACAGCACUGGCGGAAGAAAAGAUCCGCUUCAAACGAAACUACAAAGCGUGCCUUAACUGCCGGAUGCGUAAGGUCAAGUGUGAUCUCGGGUCCGUCGACAGCCCGCAUGAUCCGCCGUGCGCACGGUGCUCGCGCGAGCGCCGUGAGUGUACGUUCGUCGAGUCACGACGUGGCGGCAGCGCCAACGUCGUCGCAGGAAGAAAACGCAAAACUGAGGACGAAUUGCCAGAUGACUUCCGUGGCUAUUCCGACCAUAAAACGCGAUUGCCUCCGCCGAGCAGCUUGAUGCUCCGUAAUCCCGAGUAUUCUAAUGGUAACUCGGCCGACAGCCGCUCGGUAACAAGCCCACGGAAUUCCAAGUAUUCACAUGAGAGAGAGAGUGAAAGCGCACUCGCGACGAUGCGCGGCGCGAUGGUAUUCCUCGCCAAGGCCGCAGGCACGAUCGCGAACGCGGAUGAGCGCGACAAUAUCGACGCACGUACACGCGUAGAAGCGUUGGAGCAGCGGCGUACGUCACCGCCAUUAUUCGAGUCACCAUCUGAGUAUGCAGGCACGCCGCCCGCGCUCCCGCGCACGAGUCUCCCACGUGCAAGUAUCCCCAAGCUCGCGCCGCUCAUUCGCCCCGACGGCCCUAACCGUGCGUCCAUCCCUCAGCUCGACAACACCGACCGCAACCUUCGCCCGCUUCCGUCGACCGAACUCUCUGACAUCUACUACAUUGGGCCGCGCGAGGAGGGCUGCAUCCUCACGGAAGCCGAGGCGGUGAUGCUCAUCAACUGUUUCUACAGCAACCUCCACCCAUUCUACCCACACAUUCCGCCGUCGCUCCAUGCGCCGCGAGUGCUCGCGGGGUACCCGCUCCUUCUUGGCGCGAUUCUCACGAUCUCUGCGCGCUACCACGCGUUCGGUGAGAACGACGGUAAGAUCCCACGUAACGUGGAGGUGCACGAGCGUUUGUGGAUCUACGUGCAGCGGCUCAUUUCGCAGACGGUGUGGGCCGAGUCGAGUACGCGCUCGAUGACUACCGUGUUCGCGUUUCUCCUAUUCACCGAGUGGAAUCCGCGCGCAAUUCACUGGCGAUGGUCUGAUUACGCAAACACAAAUAAACCAGACGAUCUCGUCGCGCCGCAGGAGCACAUUGUGGAGGACAGUGACCAGCUUGCCGGGCUCGGUGCCGUCCGUCGCUCCGACCGCAUGGCAUGGAUGCUUAUUGGCAGCGCCGUCCGUUUGGCCCAGGACAUGGGGUUCAUUGAGAAUAGCGCGCACGUCUUCCUCGCGACUCACGUUUCUGAGACCACCAGUGCGAUGAAUAUCAACCGGCGUUCAAUGCUCGCGCCGUCACUCGCGGAAAUUGACCUUGAGGACCUUGAGGCCGAGUCAGAGGAGAUGGAGGAGGACUUCCUCGAGGACACCUCGGACAAAAAGCUUCGCUUUAACUUUGUACAGAAGCUGAAAAUCGAACUUCUCCAGGUGAUGAGCAUCGGGUACGAAUAUCUCUAUGGGUGUAAGGCGCAGUUGAGCGACCUCACGUCGCGGCAGAAGCUCGCGGUGUUGAGUAUUCUCUCGCCGUUGAUUGAAAAGUGGGGAAUAAAGUACAAAAAGCUCCUUGUUCCGUCGAACUUCAAGUACUUCAACAAGCAGACGUUGGAUACGCAGAACCCGGCGUCGAAGGUGAUGCGGCAGCUCGGAGAGGCGAUCGACCGUGAGUCGAUCAUAUGCGAUUAUUACUACGCGCGCUUAUACAUAUACUCACUCGCGCUUGCUAAUGACAACUCGAAGCUUCCAGGAACGAGCCAACUUGCGAGCGCUCGCGCGAAUACGCUCAAGCUAGGCGAGCUCUCCAAGUCGGCAAAGUUUGUCGAACUCGCAUUCAACUCAGCCAAGGAGAUCUUGGCCGUUUCCCAGCGUGUGCACAAGAUGAAGAUGCUCAAAUUCAUGUCUGUGCGCUGGUGCACGCGUAUAGUGCGUGCGGUUGCGUUUGUCGUCAAGUGCUACCUCACGAUGACCGCCGCAAAGAAGAUGGUGAACGCCAAAAACGAGACCAUGGACUCUAAUAUUCUCUCACUUUCUAUUAUCCCGGUGGAUGAACUUAUUCACAUUAUCCAGAAAGCGGCUAUAACCCUUCGUGAGGCGUCUCCUGACGAAUUGCACUUGUGCACGCGCUACUCCACCAUUUUGAUGUAUCUCUGUCUGAAGGUCAAGACGUCGACCAGGAACGAUGAUUUCUUCUCGGGAACACAAAACACAUAUACUUCGAGCGAGCCGACGAAUUAUGAGAAGGAAAAGUACGAGCCACCGGAGUACCAGAACUUUGGCUAUCAGAAAACUCACCAGCCGAAUCUCAAUCUGCAGCCCCAGCCCCAGCCGAACCACCAGCCGAACCAAUACCAAACGUCCCUUGAUGACGACUUGUUCAAUUCCGAUUUGUUGUUUGACUGGUUCAACAAAAACGACGAGAUUGGGUUGGACUUUGUAGAGCCGUGGACGGCAAUGCUUGAACAGUCGAUGGCUAACGGAAGUGCCAACGGGGUAUAG